CUUCGACUUCGACCAUCUGUACAAAGGCCCGCAGCAAGAGUGCCUCCUGCUUCAGACAUCUGCUCCAACAGCGCUUGCAAGCUCUGAAAUUGAUUCAUUUGAGAUGGCUAAGACUGAGCGGGCAGGCUCCGAGACGGGGCCGCCGUCAAACACAGUGAACGAUGGCUCGGAACCGAUGGCUUGUUCAUCACAAGUUUUCAACGAGCCUCCGUUGACGACCGGAGCUGUCUCAUCGAUGGUAAACGAUCGCUCCACCUCUACCAGCAGUACUGGGUUGGAAGGAAAGAAUAUUGAAGACCAGAGCAUGGGGGGAACCACUGAGCCAAUUGUACCGGCGCCGUCAGAAAAAGCUCUUCAUAAUCUUGACCGCGCUAUAAAGGCGCUGCAAGGGGGUCCGCAAGACCCAAAAGGUUCGCCAAUCCUCCGCCUCGCAUCAAUACGAAUCGAAGGUGCCGAGCAAGUGCGCCCGAGCUUCCUGCUUUCGGUUCUGCGGCCUUACAUCGAUCCGCUCGCGCCGCUUCUUCCAUGGUCUGAAGCUCUCUACGCCCACCGGACCUCCUUCAAACGACCUGCACAGCCUACAACGUUUUCAGGAAUACUUGCCCUGACGCAGUCGCUAGGCGCCGACCUGACCUCGUUCGACCUCUUCAAAGACGUCUCUGCGCGUUUUGAACCGUGUGCGCAUCCUCUUGCUUCGGAUGAGGACAUUGAUAUUGUCUUGCAAUGCGUCAAGAAAAGUAGGCUCUUUCUGAAGAGCAGUACAGACAUCGGAAAUGACGAAGGAACAGCGAGUGUGCAGGGAAUGCUCCGAAACGUCUUUGGCGGUGCUGAGACGCUCGAAGGUAGCGCAACCUUUGGGACGCGGACGAGGCGGGCAUUCAACUUGCUUUUCACAACACCCGUGUUGGCGUCCCCCGUGCUGAAUGGCUUGGUCAGCGCUUACACGAUGGAUACCGAUCUCAGCACUUGGUCCAGUUCCCGUUUAAGCACGCAGGGACUGCGCGCAGCUUUGAUGUACACGGGUCGACCGUUCCAGCAACGCGAGCUCGCCUGCGAAGCAUCCUGGCGGCAGCUCGGCCACAUGCUUCCGGACGCGUCCGUCGGGAUGCGCAAGCUGGGCGGCGACAGCGUGAAAGCUGCGUUGACGCACACCUGGGUGCAAGAUACCCGCGAUGAUCCGUUUCUCGGCACGCGCGGCAUCUACAUAAAAGCGGUGCAGGAGCUCGCCGGCCUUGGCGGCUCCACUUCAUUCUUCAAGCUUGAAAGCGAAGUGCAAUGCUCACGGCGCUUGCCGAGCGCGCACGGGUUGGUGUGCUCGUUCGCGGCGCGCACAGGUGUGCUGCGCACGCUGGACGGGCAGCCGAGUGUGUAUGCUGACCGCUUCCACCUCGGCGGGCCGACGAGUCUGCGCAUGUUCCGACAGCAUAGCCUCGGACCGCGAGACGGGCUCGACUCGCUCGGCGGCGACGCCUUCUGGAGCGCCGGCGCCAGCCUGAUCGCCGACAUGCCGCGCCGGCCGGACUGGCCGCUGAAGCUGCAUGCCUUCGUCAACACUGGCCAGCUGUGCCAGAUCGACCAGGCCGCGCCACUUGCUCGUGUCAAGUCUAGUAGCAGUAGCUACAAAGGGGCUGUCCCUGCGACCGGCACGAGCAACAGAGAAAGCGUCCUAGCCAGUACAUUCCGCCAACUCGCCCAACCUUCCAUCUCGGCGGGUGUGGGGCUCAUGUACGUGCAGGGGCCCCUCCGUGUCGAACUUAAUGCCGGCGUGCCGCUUGUCGCACGCAGAGGCGACGGUACGCGCAAGGGUUUGCAGUUCGGUAUUGGGGUGGCUUUCUUGUAGUCUCUCCACCACUCAUUCUAAGCAGCAUAGGGCAUGUCAACUGAUCGCAACAGAUACGCACAGAGGA